AUGCAAAUAUCCAAGCCUCCCAUGCCUAAGUAUUUGAAACAAGAUGAACUCACUCAAGAAUGCAAGGACUUGCUUUCCUCUCUUCCAACCGAAAGCGGUUGGGUUGCUUCGACUUUCUACAAAUAUCAAGGCUUUUGGCAUCCUUGUAGGCAUUUGCAAGGAAUCCUUUCAUGUCAAAAACACUUCAAAGCUCAACAUAGUGAUGUCAUUCUUGCUACUACUCCCAAAUCCGGCACUACUUGGUUAAAAGCCAUCUUGUUUGCCUUAAUGAACCGUGACCAAUAUUUCUCAAAAUCCAAAAAUAUAAAUAACCAUCCAUUAAAAUCAAACAAUCCUCAUGUUCUUGUCCCUUUCUUGGAAAUCAAACUCUAUCUUGAUGAUGAAAACCCUGAUCUCUCAUUGCUUAAAUCUCCAAGACUCUUUUCUACUCACAUGCCUUAUGUAUCUUUACCAAAUUCAGUCCAUGAUUCACAAUGUAAGCUUGUUUAUCUAUGUAGAAACCCCAAAGAUACUCUAAUUUCUCUUUGGUGUUUCACAAACAAGCUAAGACUUGAGGAAAUGGGGACGAGUUCACUCGAGGAAGUAUUCGAGAAAUUUUGUAAAGGAGUGAGCAUGUAUGGGCCAUUUUGGGAUCAUGUGUUAGGUUAUUGGGGGGAAAGCUUGAAAAAUCCAGAAAAAGUGUUGUUUUUAAAAUAUGAGGAUAUGAAAGAAAAACCAACUUUUCAUUUGAAGAAACUAGCUGAGUUUUUGGAGUGUCCAUUUUCCUUCAAAGAAGAGAAAGAAAAAGUUGUGGAGGGUAUUUUGGAACUUUGUAGCUUUGAUAAACUUAGCAAUCUGAAGGUGAACAAGGAUGGAAAGCUUCCGUCAGGCGAGGAUUGUAGCGCGUUUUUCAGGAAAGGUGAGGUUGGUGAUUGGAAGAACUAUCUUACGACGGAAAUGGUAGAGCGACUUGACAAGAUUUGUAAAGACAAGUUUGAUGGGUCUGGAUUACAGUUUUAAAUCAAUUUAUGUUUGUUCUAAUAAUAUUGGUGCAUGUAUGAUUGGAUUUGUGUUUAAACUGUUUUUAUUUCGUACCUCAUCAAUUUAACCUCAAAUAAAACUCCAUUUUGAGUUAUAGCAUCGCAAUUAGAGUGAUUCUAUGAUUGUUUAAUUACUAUUACUAGCUUCUUUAGUUGUUGUAAAUU